AUGAGCUGCAGCUCGCCGCCGCCGCUGGAGCAUCAUCACGACGCCGGCCGGACGAGAGCCCCGGCUCUGGACCUGCUGGACGAGUACUGGUUCUUCAGCAACACCCUCGUCACCAAUAACAGCGCCAAGAAGAAGACGCCGCCGCACCUGCCCAGGUCGCCGUCCACCUCCACAGCCACAGGCACAGGCACAGGCACAGGGGAGAAGGCCUCGGCCUCGGCGGGGCCGCCGUCCAGGCUAGGGGGCCGGAGGCUGCUCCGGACGCCGUCGCUCCCGACGUCUCGCGUCGGGAUGACGACGAUGGAGUUGCCCUUGCCCACCAACAAGGAUGACGACGACGACCUGGUACAUCAGGACGGAGCAGGUGCUGCUGCCAGUGCCAGUGCCAGUCGACAGCCCCAGCGACGGCAACUACAAGCAGCAGCAGCAGCAGCAGCAGCGGAUGAGGUGGACGACGAUGACCUCAACUGGAGCUCCAUCUACGAGGGCGUCCUGCGAACACGGAUGGCGGAGGGAGGCGGCAGGUCGGCGCUGCACCGGGCGCCGUCCAUGCCCGUCCCCUCGUCCGCCACGGCCACGGACCACCACCACCACGGAGGCGGCGGGCGGCGGCAGACCAAGUCGACGCCCAGCAUGCUCAGGCUGCUCCGGCACUCGCACAGCACGCUGGGGAGGCACACGCCGCCCACCGCCACCAAGCAUCAGGCUGAGCAGAGGAUGCCCAGCGCGGUGGCCCGGUGCAGCAAGAAGCAGACGACGAGCGGCUUCCAGUUCCAGGACAAGAAGUGGAAGAGAUCCAGCGACCUGGAGUCCAUCGAGGUGCAGGAGGAGCUGAGGGCGAGCCUGGCCGACGUGCUCCCGGGCCUCAAGCAGCAGACCAAGAGCAAGAGCCAGAGCCAGAGCCAGGGCCAGAGCAGCAGCAGCAGCCCCCGGCGGCCUUACCUGUCGGAGGCGUGGCAGCAGGUGCGGCGGCCGGCGCUGGCUAGGGUGCAGUCGGCGGCGGAGAUGAAGGACCAGCUCAGGAUGUGGGCGCAGGCCGUCGCGUGCAACGUGCGACAGGAGUGUUAG